AUGAGCAGAAAGUGCCCAAACUGUGGCAGUUCGGAAAUUGAUGAUGAUUCAGCUCGUGGUGAUUCUACAUGCAUGGGAUGUGGCACGGUGUUAGAAGAGUCAACUAUUGUUUCCGAUGUGGCAUUUCAGGAAAAUGCUGGUGGUGGACAUUCCUUAGUGGGUCAAUUUAUUUCAAAAGAGCGUGGUCAGCCAACCAACCUGUCCGGUGUACCCGGUUUAUCACAUCAGGAGUCCCGAGAAAUCACUUACUACAAGGGAAGAAAACUGAUCGAAGAGAUAGCAAGUCAGCUGCGGAUUAAUCAGCACUGUGUUAAUACAGCAUUUAAUUUUUUCAAAAUGUGCGUCUCACGUAAUUUCACACGUGGACGUGUGCGAUCACACGUUGUAGCAGCAUGUUUGUAUAUGACUUGUCGGCUGGAGAAUACCGCACAUUUAUUGUUGGAUUUUAGCGAUAUCACUCAGGUAUCUUCCGCAGAAUUUGCAUUCUUAGCCAUUGCCCUCAAGGUUAAUGUGUUUGAUUUGGGACGAACAUUAAAUUUUUUGACCCGUUCUUUGAAAAUCAAUCUUCCAACUACCGAUCCUUGCAUGUACAUAUUACGUUUUGCAGUUUCACUCGAUUUUGGUUCCAAACAAAAAGAGGUGGUAUCUUUGGCAACCCGACUGGUACAGCGAAUGAAACGUGACUGGAUAGCAACAGGAAGGCGACCGACUGGUCUUUGUGGUGCAGCAUUAUUGCUUGCAGCCCGAUGUUUUAAUUUUAACCGAACGGUUGCCGACGUUGUACGUGUUGUGCAUAUUAGUGAAGCCGUCGUUAAGAAACGUCUUGAUGAAUUCGGACAGACUCCUUCAAGCACAUUAACAAUCGAUGAAUUUACAUCAGUUGAUUUAGAGCACUGCGAAGAUCCGCCAGCAUUUCGCGAGUCGCGUCGUAAAGCACGUGAGAUACAAUUGCAAAAAGAGGAGGAAGCAUUGAGGAAGAUAGAACUUGAGAUGCCACCAAUGGAGGCAAAGGUUGAAAGAGCUCUUGAAAAACGUCGGAAGGAACGCUUCAAACGAACACAGUAUGCGCGAAUGAUGAGUGGUUCGUUAGGAUCUGAAUCAGAUGAACUUACUCCGGCGGAUGCUGUAGUACGAAAUGAAAUCGUUGACUUAGUGUUUUCUGCUGCAAGAAGUGCUACUCCGCUAUCUGAUGCUGGCAUGUCAUCCAGUUAUGCGCCUUCAUUGGUUAGCCUUGGAAUAACGCCAAUCAAAAGUGAAGUAGAACCGAUUGCUGAAGCCAAAAGUGAGAAACUGAGUGGUAAUGGAGAACUCGAUUUGGAGGGAAUUGAUGAUGAUGAAAUUGAUACGUAUAUACUAACGAAAGAAGAGGUAGAUUUGAAAACUCGUUUUUGGAUGAAAUUAAAUGGAGAACAUUUAAAAGAAAUGGAGCGACGGCGUCGUGAAAAGGAGGAAGAACGUGAAAAAGAUAAUUCAGCCAAAAAAAGACGUCGCACCAAUGGUAUCCGUAAAAAAGAGCCCAUCGUUGCUGCGACUGCGCAGGAAGCAAUGGAAAAAGUUAUACAGGAAAAGAAACUUUCAAACAAAAUAAACUACGACAUUCUAAAAGAAAUCGAAGAUGCGGAUGAAACUGUCGUAAAACCUGAAAUAGACUGUACAAAUGAUCAAAAAGAAGAAACCAAUGAAACCAACGAUCGCACGUUGUUCAAAGACAAUAGAAAUCUCACAUCGAAAACAGGAAAAGCUUUAAAAUCUCGGAAACAUUUUCGGCCGAAUGUCAACCUCGCAACGAAAAAGGUAGUUGAGCAAACAAUUUCAGUAAUAGCUUCAGAUGCUAUCGGAAAAAAUGUCAGCCAAAGAGAAAAAGAAUCUGUGAAGGAUUUAUCUAUAACGGAUGAGGAAGACGCUUUACUUGACAGUGGAGUGGAGGCCAACAAAAGGAAAUGUGCUGCAGCUCAGUAUCGAAUGUCAAGUAAUGCUGGAAGUAGUACUGCGAUAACAGAAGCUAGCAUAUCCUCUACUGCGAUGGAGCAUUGUAAUCUAUCUGUUUCACAGCCUGAAAUAGAUGAACUAAAUUCCAUCGAAGCUGAAAGCUCCGAUUCAACUGCAAAGUUUCUGAGAAGGGUCGGUUGCUUUACAAGGAAAAGACCUGCAAAAUUAAUUAUUGGAGAAAGCUCUGAAUCAAUUGUAAUUAACUCCAAAAACGCCACUGUAACAGAAUUACCAUCUAAAAAUCCAGGCGUGAUUAAAACAAGAUACGCGAAAAUGCAGCCAAAUUUAAAAUUUGUUCAAAAAUCUAAUAAAUCUACCGAUCAGGAUGGUUACAAGUCGUCUUCAGUGAUCGUAUCCGAAAUUCCAGAAGAAGAUAACAUCGAGGAUGAGAGUAAAGAGCAGAAGAAAGAAGAUAUAAAAAUCCCUUCAAUAUCCGAAGGUUCAAGAAUGAAAACAGGCGUUGAUGGUGCUAGCAUGGAGCCACCGAUACAAAGUGCUACUGAAAUUCACUCUGUAAAAGCGGAAACAAUGGGAGCUGUUACGGCUAGAAAGACGAGAAAUCGAUAUCGGCAAAUAAAACCCAAUUUGCUGGAACAAGCUAAAGCAAAAGCAAGCAAAGUUAGAGCUUGA